GGCGUUGAUCUCGGAAAAUCGACAGUCCACGCAAUUCUAAAAGAAUCAAAGAAAUGGUUUUACAAGUUGGGCCCAUCUUCGACUCUGGCAUCCGAACCUGUGGCUGGAAACAAGCGAAGCAAAGAGAGAAUCACGGUGGGAUUUUUGUGCAACGCAAGCGGCACCCACAAGUGGAAGCCCAUUGUCGUGGCAAAAGCGGAGCGACCACGAUGUUUUGGCAAGACAUUUGACCCGAACAUGUAUUGCUCUUACAAUUGCAACAAGAAAGCAUGGAUGACAGGAAAGAUGUUUCAAAUCUUCUUGGCGAAAUUCGACCGCUUCUUGGAGGCUGAGAAGAGGAGGGCUGUUUUAAACAUGAAACGUGACACCAGCUGUCUGACUGUCAAAGGUUUGCUGAUAUUCUCUGUUUAA